AUGUCCAAAGUAGCCGAAAAGCUCUAUGUUCUGAGACAACACUCAGACGCUCUCCUCCAACGUCUCUAUACCAUCAAGAAUGAUCUCAACGAUCCAAAUCUGAGGCCAGACAUUAUGAAGACGACUCUCAACGUCGACAUGAAGAAACUUUUCGCUAAACUUGCCAAAGAUGCUCCACAUAUUGCCAUUGAUGAGUUGGAAAAGGUUCAAGGAUUCGAUUGGGUUCUCAAUAACAUGACACAACUCUUCAAUCAGGUUCAUCCUAUUUAUUUAACAUUCCGUGAAUUGAUGCAAUGGACUGAACACGCGCAACAAACCAUUCUUGAAAUUUCCACCAAUGCCAAUAUUGAUUUUGUUCAAGAUGUGAAUUUUCUGACGUGUUAUGAUUAUUUGCAAAUGUUGGUUGGAUAUGUGAAAUUACUGUUAAUGAUGAAUAGAAUCAAGGACAAGGAAUUGGUGGUUUGUUUGUUGAAUUUGAGUUAUUUGAAAUUGAACGGAACACCAGAACCAAAUAUUCAACGUGUUUGGCAAUUAUUUAAAGAUUUCGAAAAUCCAAUUCCCAAGUUGCAAGAGAAAUGGUUCACCAUUCAAGAUCAAGUUGGAAGAGCUCUCAUGGGUUUAAUUCCUGCAUUCGAUAGAGGUACUUUUAACUCUUUAAAUAUUAAGAGACCUCUUGAAAUGUUGUCAGAACCAGAUCGAAUUCCAUUCCCAGCUGUUGAUGAAACUUAUCAACAUUUGAGUUCUUACCAAGACGUUGUUGAAUGGAUUGCAAUUAUUUAUUCAUGUUGUCCAGAUGCUUUGACAAAGACUCCAGACAAACCAAUCAAAAUGACACCACUCGUCACAAGUGCUAAAAAGAACAAGGAAGUUCCUUUACGUUGUUAUGAAAUUCUCUUACAAAGAGUGUUGGCCAAUCAUUUGGUCAUUCCACUCUACGGAGAUGAAGUUUAUAACUUCCAUGAUGCUUUCAAAGAAUAUGUCAUGAUCAAAAAGUUUGGAGAUUUGAAAAAGGAAGCCAAGACAUUGAAGGCACUACAAGAAAUGGCAAUUGAAAAGUGUCAAGAUUACCACAAGGAGUUGCGUAAUUAUCUCAGAUUGCAAUUGAAGAGUUUGUUAAACAUGAUGAAAGAUCAACCUGGUUUGUUAGGUCCAAAAUUCAAUUUGGUUUUGGCUGCUAUUUCAAUGGCUCGAAGUGAAAUCAUGUGGUAUUUCCAUCACAACAAUUACAUUUCCAAAUUACCAAAUCAAAAGAAGGUCAAGGAAGUGAAAGAAACACUGAUUAGUGAAAUGAUUUAUCUCAUGGAUGAAAUGUUGUACGUUUGUGUGCAACACAGAGAAGUGAUUAGAAAGUAUUCACUCAAAAUUAUUAGAGGAUUGUAUUAUAACAAGUUGAGAGGACUUAUUGAACAAUGUCGAGGUGUUUUGGAACUUGCAAAGGUAACACAUAUUAUGGACGCCAUUUUGAAUGAUAUUCAACACACUGAAGAUUUUGAAGCUUUGCGUUUGAAUUGGAAGAGAGUUGAAGCUUUCUUGUCAGGUUAUCAAUUCAAACAAUCUCUCCCAGAAUUGACCAUGUUGUUCACCACCAUGACAAAGAUUGUCAUAUUUUCCAAACAUGUCGAUGGAUUAUAUGAUGAGCUUGUUGAAAAAGGAUCAUUGAAGCAAUUGUACUUCUACAAGGAAGAUGUGGAUAAGAUCUUUUCAGAUGGUCUCAUUGGUUCCAAGUCACAACCAUUGUACUCGACAGCAUUUAUUAGAAUUUUGAAUACCUAUGCCGACAAUAUUCAUCCACAACUCAAUCCUACUCUCAGAAAUAAGAUUGGUCAACAAGCUGUGCAAAUGGGUGAAGGUAUGCUCGGACAAUUAGUUGAUCGAAUCAAGAAGGGUCUUGAUUUGUUGAAUAGUUCACACGGAUAUAGAAUGUUAACUCAUCAAAUUGGUGGUGAUGUUGCUGCUCAAAUCAUUCUUCGUAGAUAUGGUAAGAACAAGCAAUAUAUUGAAGAACCUGCUGUUCCUGGAGUUGAGAGUAACUUUGACAACAAUUCUAUUAAUGACAUGCGUGAUUUGGAACGUAAUGUCACUCAACUCUUAUAUUCCUUAUCGAGAUAUGAUGAAAUUGUGGUCUAUGACACUGCUUUCUAUCCAGUCGAAUAUUUGAGAACCGUUCUCGAAGAAUACAUUUCUGAAUAUAUCAAGAGAAUUGCAACCACUAUUGAUUUAACUGCCAAAGAAAUGAAGAAUGAUGCUCUUCAAGCUAAAUUCAUCACUCCAACGGAAUUACUCAACGAAUUACAUUCUUUCAUGUCUUCAUUGAAGAUUAUUGAACAAUGUUGCAGUCUCAACACUGAAGAAAUUGUGUUAAAUUCCAUUUUGGAACACUUUGUUCACUUGAAUUAUGUAGAAUCUCCUUUCGGUGUGGUUCAAACCACAGAACCCACCAAUUUAAUUUCCAUGUAUGCUCAAUGGUACACUGAAAUUGUCUCCGAUCCUCAGAAAUACAAGACAUUAUAUCAUCCGAAUCGACAAACAUUUGUUUCUACCAAAGAAACACCCAUUCAAACCUACAAUGUGGAACAAUAUGUGGAUUACAAUGAAUUGAAAGCUCUCAUUACCUUGACAGGUCCCUAUGGAUUCCGAGCCUUCAAUCAAUCACUCUUAGAUGAAAUUUAUUCUCGAAGUGAAAAGGUGCGAGAAGUUCUCUCUCAGAGCAAUAACGCUCUCCGCGACAUUGAAAACAAAUUAUAUGAUGAAAAGUUUAUUCUGGAUAAGAAGGUUCGUCAAUCUCUUCAAACACUCGAACCACUGUUAGGACUUUUAAUUCAAUUGGGAGGUAUUCUUGAAUUCAGAAGAGGUCUUCAACAAGCAUUGCAAUCGAGUGUACGAAGAAAUGCUCCUGCCAUUUAUGACGUGGUGGACAGUGCCUUUGAACAAUAUCCAAGAAACUUUUAUGGAGAUGCCAAAUUCUUACCUAUUGAUGCUCUCGCUACAGAUUGUGGAUUUGCUGAAGUCGAUCACUCGUUGAGACUCAAAUUGUCCCCUCUCGUGGAUCGAUCUCAAGUUUGGGAAGUCUUGCCAAUUGCUUUUGCUGCUCUUGUGAUUCUUGACAAGUGUUGGAAAGAGAAGGACAGUAUCUAUGAUGUCAAUCUUGAAGGAUGGUACAACAAUACUCAUCUCUCUAUUACUGCUUUCCAUAGACUCUUACAGGCAGUCCAUUCCAUAAAAUCCAACAAGAUUAUGGAUCUUGAAAAGGACUAUAAGAGAUUUGCAGAAUUUGCUGCCAUGAUUCUUUUGCACAUGAAUGGAACCAAAGGUUAUGAAAAGCAAUAUGAUAAUUGUUGUAUUUUCUUGGAUCGAACUUUGAAGACCUCGAAACAUUUGGAUAUUUCCUUCUUUGAAGAUUUACUUCCAUACCCACUCAUUCGUACCACCUAUGUGAGAUUCUUUGAGCCACAUCAAUUCGAAGAAUUGGCUCAAGAAGCUGCCAAUAUGGAAAAACAAGCAGCACAGAAUAAUGCAGCUCAAACCAAUGCAAAUACUGAGACUGAGACUCAUUAG